AUGGAAGAGCCGCCGGAGGGGCACGGCCACCGAGACGCGGCGCCCGGCCCGGCGAGCAGCGGCAGCGGCAGCGAUGGCGAGAGCGUGCCCGUGUCCCCCAGCCCCGCGCCCGCCUCCCCCGCCGCGCCCUGCCCCCUGCCCCUGCCCCGCCGCCGCCACCCGCCGCCACCGCCGCCGCCCCCGCCGCCGCCGCCCCACCGCACCACCAACUUUUUCAUCGACAACAUCCUGAGGCCGGACUUCGGCUGCAAGAAGGAGCCGCCCGCGCCGGCCGGCGGCGGAGGCAGCCGGGAGCGGGACGGAGAUCGGGGGCAGAGCUCAGGUAGAGAAAACGUCAACCCGCUGCUGGCCCGGCCGCCCAACCCGCCCGCCCUCCUGUGCCCGGACUCGAACUGCCGUCCCGACGGCUCCGCGCCGCCGCCGCCGCCCGCCGCCGCCGCCAAAGCCAGUCCCGCCGCGGCGGCAGCGGCGGCGGCGGCGGGGGCGGCCAAGCCCCCCGCCGACGGGGGCGAGACUCACCCGGCGAAGUACGGGGAGCACGGCAGCCCCGCCAUCCUCCUCAUGGGCUCUAAUAAUGGAGGACCUGUUAUAAAGCCCGACUCGCAACAGCCGCUGGUGUGGCCUGCCUGGGUCUACUGCACUAGGUAUUCAGACAGACCGUCCUCGGGCCCCCGCACCAGGAAGCUGAAGAAGAAGAAGACGGAGAAGGAGGACAAGCGGCCGCGGACGGCGUUCACGGCCGAGCAGCUGCAGCGGCUGAAGGCGGAGUUCCAGGCGAACCGGUACAUCACGGAGCAGCGGCGGCAGAGCCUGGCCCAGGAGCUCAGCCUCAACGAGUCCCAGAUCAAGAUCUGGUUCCAGAACAAACGGGCCAAAAUCAAGAAGGCGACGGGCAUUAAGAACGGGCUGGCGCUGCACCUCAUGGCCCAGGGACUCUACAACCACUCCACCACCACGGUGCAGGACAAAGAGGAGAGCGAGUGAGGCGGGCGGCCCCAGCCCAGCCCAGCCCUGCGCCGCGGCGCCGGCCCGCCGGCCGGGAGGCGGACAGGUGCGAUUUAAAAGCAGAUCUAUUGUCUAUCCAUAGUAUAAGGACUCCGAUUAAGAAAAAAAAAUUAAAUAUGAACACUUAAGAAAAAUUAUCUCUAUAUAGCCAAACAGCAUAUGACCUUGUAUAUAUUUAAUUUCAGGUAAGAAAUAUGUGUAGCGAUCUCUAUUUGCUGGACAGUUUCUCUCUUCCCUUCUCUCUGUUUCUCCUUUCUUUUGUUCGUUUGUUCGUUUUGUUUGCUUUCCUUUUUUUUUUUCUUUCCCCCCCCAUGUCCGUUGCUUCUGUUUUACAGUAAAUGUCGGACUUUUCUCAUCUGUCGUUUGAUCUUAUUUUGUUGUUGUUGUUUUUUUUUUUUUUUGUGUGUGUGUGAAUUUCUGUCUCUCUUUUUUUUUUCCCGAAGAAAAAAAAAAUUCUGAUCCACAGACUGCGAGACUGAACCCGCCGCUACAAGCCAAAGAUUUUAUUAUGUUCAGAAAUCUGUAGU